UUUGUCUCAAGCUGCAUUGAGAGUCGCAAAGGGACGACGUGACGAACGAUACGAACGGUGGAAACAUCGUCACACGUCAUGACCGCGUCACUUCUUCAACAGCUUCCCGCGUGGAUCGCGGUGUCUGUCUUCACGUGGGUGGUGUGUUGGGUCUUCGUCGCCCCAAAGGAUUGCCAAGAUCUCUCCGUUUGCAACCAACAGAUGAAGAGCUACCCGACCUAUGUUCACGUGAUAUCCGGGACCGCCUUGGUUGCAAUGGCAGGGAAUGAGAUUUGUGGCCUCAUCGCAACCUACAUGGGUUCCAAGCAGACGCAAGCUCUGAUCCCACAUUUACAGAGCCGCUGUUUACCCAGCUUCCUGUUGGCGGUGAUGUUCAGCUGGUUGGCUGUCGUGGAGUACUUCUUCGCCCGUCCGGAUGUCAAUUUGGCCCACGUCCAUUCCAGUGCAGACGGACUCACUGUCCCAGGGCGCCCUGUUUGGACUCUACGAUACAUUGAGUGGUGCAUCAACGUUCCAAUCCUCUUCCUCUUGUCGGGCCAUUGUGCUCUUGGCCGACCAUUGAAAGAGAUUUCUCGACCUUUGGUUAUGACCAAUAUCUACAUCGUCUUUUCUUGGAUGGCAAAUGUGACCGAGUCGGGUUUCUUAAAAUGGGCAUUGAUUGUUACUUCCUUCCUCAUGUAUGGUUGCGCGAGCAUGGACAUGAUGAAGUGGAGCUCCGAUUUCCAGCGACUUGCUCCAGCAGAUCUGCCCAGCCGUCGCAUCCGACCCUGGCUCUCCAACGGCUUGAUCAUCCACUUUCAAUGCUUUGCGGCCAUCUACAUGUCUUCGAGUUUGGGAAUCAUUGAUGCUGAGAAGGAAUCCAUGGGUUAUUUCAUUACCACCUUUGGCACCAAGAUCGCCUACUGCGCCACUUUCGUCUUUGUCCGUGCUGACGAGUAUCACAAGACCCUCACGGAUGUCCUUCGCAAGGUCAGUGUUUCCAAUGUGGGCAUGAUCUCCAUCUUGCGUGGAAGUUUUGACAUCAUCGUGCCCUGCGUCCUGGACCAUGCGGGUCGUUGCAAACUGCCAACACAGGUCUCCGGAGACAUGGCGAAGUUGGAGAAGAUGCUGGGAGCACCUGUGGCCGGUGCAAACCUCAAAGAUCUGUUGACCACCAAGGACCAAACGGAUUUCGCUGCCUAUGUUCGGAAUGUGGUCCGCCAGGCUGAUUGUCCUCAAGCUUUCAGCGAGGCAACAUUGACCACCAGUGGAGUAUGGAGCUGCGGCGCCGGGGUGACACCUCCAAUCGCACAGGUCCUUCACAGCAAGAUGCAGGGCACCAAUUCAAAACUGCAAGCAACCCUGCAUUUGUCGGUGGUACCACGUUCUGCUGUGAGCAGUGGCAAGGAGCGUCACCUUGUUGCUGCCAUUCAGUUCACAGAGGAACAGGAAGAUGAAGUCGAUGCGACGGGUGGAUUUGAGACCUUCAAGGCCUCCGAAAGGCAGACCUCUGCAGGUCAAUCUACGACCAUCAGCGCUUCCGGCUCCGAGGGCAUCGUGGCCAACCUGGCGGAUCUGCACCGCUUGGGCGCCAGCCUUGGCCAUGACGAGGACGAAAGUGAGGAAGGCAGCGUCUAUUGGGGCUACUCCAGGAGUGAUGAUACCAUGUCUCAUCUGGGUGCCUUUGUGCCUCAAGCGGGCGCCUUUGAUGCGCGCAUUUGCGGAACUUGGGAGGGCACCACCAGCGAGGAGUUGGGCGGCUACACGCAGACCAUCACCUUUAACACCGAUUGUCUCAACGCCAAGAUCACAGUCAUGGGGCAGACCUUGGCGGCACAGUUCCGCAUGAACUGCUCGGUGGAACCCAAGCAGCUGAACAUCCAGGUGUUGCCCAAGGACGACGGCCCCCCCCCGCCAGCCAUUCCUUACAUCUUCAAGUUCGACUCUGACGGCUCUUUGGUUCUUUGUGGCCCUGCAGAUCAAAAGAUGCGUCGCCCAAACAGCUUUGAGGGCGUUGGCCUGUGCAUCAUGCGUCGCCUCGAAGAGAAGACGGACAAACACAUGGAGAAGUGUCUGACACAGGCGCUGCAACCACUCUUUGAACCUGAUCCUGAGUUCAGCAGGAGGAGCACGGAAGAACAUGGCGCAAGUUCCCAUGCCAAUCAGUUCUCAGAUCCUCACGCCAUGUACCCCAAGAAGAACCAUUGGAUGCAGGAACCCGCGGUGGCAGCCUCCAUGGCACUGGCUCUCACAAGCACUCUCAUUGCUCUCAAGAAGUCCAUUUGAGGAGAACUGGUAAGAGAACUGGUUAUGGCAGUAAUGGAGAAUAAUGGAGAAUAAUGGAGAAUAGAUAUGCUAUGGCACGGCAUGGCCAUGCAUGGCACACGCACAUUGUGCGAGACAGAUGCACAAUGCGCAGUUUCCGAGUUCCAGGAGGCAAUGUCUUGCAGAACUGCCUCAUGUUCAGACUUGAUUGGAGGUUCCAUGGCCUUCAAUGGGCCUUCAAUGGUCUCCAGUCUGGAUUUUCAAGUUUGUUCAUGUUCAUUCCGGAUUUUCAAUGAAUUCAAUGAAUUCGUUGUACAGGUCUCAAGAAAUGAGAUAAAAAAUGAGUUUGAAGGGGAAGACCACGCGACACUCCGCUUUAUCGCUCUUCCGACAUGCAAAGCUGCUGAGAAAUUCCAAGAAAUGCAAGGGUUUGGAAUUGAAUA